AUGCUGGAACCGCUCGUAUACCUCGCGAAGGUGGCGAUCCGGCUGCCGUGCGGGCUGGCGAGGAGCUGGUUCGCGCACCGGUACCGCGACGUGGGCGCGGCCAAGUUGGUGGCCAUCGUGUUUCUGCUGGAGUGUACCAACAGCCUGGACGCGGCGACGAUGCGGCGGGUGGUGAACCCGGUGCUGGCGGCGGGCAGCGCGGCGGCGGAGUGGUGGGUGGGGGGGACGAGGACGAGCGAGCGUGCGAGCGCGAGCGAGGCCACGCGGGCGAGCGAGACCACCACGGCCAACACAACGACGACGACAACGACGACGACAACGACCACCGCCACGAUCCGCUGGCUCUUCCAAGAGCCCGCCGCGCCCGCCGCCGCGCCCGUCCUGCUAUACGUGCACGGCGGCGGGAUGUGCUUGGAGCUCGUCCCGACCAACCUCGUGUACCUCGCCGAGCUGCGGCGGCGGGUCGGCCUGCUCAGCGUCGCGUACGUGGCCUACUCGCUGGGCCAGCGGUACCCGACCGCGGUCGACGAGGUCGCCGCCGCGUACGCGCACCUGGUGCGCGCGGGCCACCGCGUGUGGCUGUUGGGCGACUCCGCGGGCGCCAACCUGUGCUUGAACGUGCUCCAGCGGUGCGCGCGGUCGCCCUCCAGCGCGCCCGCGCUGCCCGACAAGUGCAUCGUCGUGAGUCCCUGGCUCAACGUCACCACCACCACGGGCCCGCCCGCCGGGGGCAUCGACUUCCUGACCUGGGACCAGCUCGCCAUGUUCAAGAACCUCUACGCGCCCGACGGCAGCCACGCAGACCCGGAGCUCAACGUCGAGGCCAACUUCGACCCCGCGGUGUGGUCGCGGGUGCUCCGCUCCACGCGCCUGCUGGUGCUUCGGGGCGAGGACGAGAUCCUGGGCGCCGAGAUCGCGCGCUUUUGUCGCAAGCUGCGCGCGCUGGACGUCGGCGACGUGCGCACCGUCACCCAGCCCGGCGGCGUGCACUGCGAAGCGCUGUACUUCGACGAGGGCGUGGCCGGGAGCCUGCGCGCGGCCGCCGCCUUCUUGCGCGAGGGCCGGUGA